UCCAGAGCCGCCCGGGAAAGCGAUGGGGUAGGACGUUUUCCCUAGAGCCCCGCGGCGAUGCCGAGGGAGAGGAACGAGGAGGAGGAAGAAGCCGACGAGGAGGAGGAGGCGGCAGGGCGGCCACCCCGCUUGCUGCCGUCCAUGGGGCGGCGCUGAAGGGGCUGGGACAACCCCCCCCCACACUCCCCGGCACUUGAGCGAUGAAGUCGCUGCCGCUGAGCCGCGUGCUGCUGCUGCUGCUGCCCUGGGCGCUCGUGGUCAUCGUGGUCCUGGACAGCGACACGGCGCGCGCGCCGCCGCCCGCCGCCGCCCCGGGCAAUGGGGGGGGCGCCCCCCGAGCGCGGCCCCGCGCGCCCCCCCCGCCGUCGCCCCCCCCCAUCUACGCCAUCACGCCCACCUACAGCCGCCCCGUGCAGAAGGCCGAGCUCACCCGCCUGGCCAACACCUUCCGGCAGGUGGCGCGGCUCCACUGGAUCCUGGUGGAGGACGCGGCGUCCCGCAGCGAGCUGGUGAGCCGCUUCGUGGCGGGCGCCGGGCUGCCCUGCACUCACCUGCACGUCCCCACCCCGCGGCGCUACAAACGGCCCGGGCUGCCCCGAGCUACCGAGCAGCGCAACGCCGGGCUGGCCUGGCUGAGGCAGCGGCACCAGCACCUGCCGCCCCCGCAGCCCGGCGUGCUCUUCUUUGCCGACGACGACAACACCUACAGCCUGGAGCUCUUCCACGAGAUGCGCACAACCCGCAAAGUGUCAGUUUGGCCUGUGGGACUGGUUGGAGGACGGCGGUAUGAGCGUCCGGUUGUGGAAAAUGGCAAAGUCGUUGGCUGGUACACUGGCUGGAGAGCUGACAGGCCCUUCGCAAUUGACAUGGCAGGAUUUGCUGUGAGUCUUCAAGUGAUUUUGUCGCAUCCAAAAGCCGUAUUCAAGCGUCGUGGUUCUCAACCAGGAAUGCAAGAAUCUGAUUUCCUGAAACAGAUAACAACAGUGGAGGAACUGGAACCAAAAGCAAACAACUGCACAAAGGUUCUUGUAUGGCACACACGAACAGAAAAAGUAAAUCUAGCUAAUGAGCCCAAAUACCAUCUGGACACAGUCAAUAUUGAGGUAUGACGCAGAGCCGCAGUUACAGAGGAAGUACAGCACAAUGGAUGUGUCAGGAGGUGUUCAAAUCCAGCCAGUUACAACAGCCUAUCCUUCUGCACGAGACCUUUAAACAGUUGCCUGAUGGACUGCUGUGGAAACAAAAGGAGGUUGUCAGAUGCUCUCAUAAGCAAAUGCAGUGGGUGUGCUUUGUUCUAACUUGUUUGCAUGCGUUUCUGAGCUCUCGUCUUCAUAAACUGACACCUUCGCUUUAAGGCUGUUUCCACAUAGUAAAAAGAAUCAAAGAGAAACAUGGUUGCGAUGGAGUAUUUUCAGAAUCAUCAUUUAUGUAUAUACUUUUUGUAUUUAUCCAUCUUAAUGGUGUAAUUAUGAAC